AUGGAUAUUGACGGCUAUCGACACACGUAUAGUGGGCACGACAAGUACAUUUUGUUCUUCACCUUGACCGAUUUCAAACAUUGGGACUUCAAGCACUUUAAAGACCAAUUCACCAAAACUACCAAUCCCCCGUCAAAAAAAACGCUCGAAUCUGCUUACUUGAACGCGCUUGACACGAUCGCACAGCACCCUAACACACCAACAGCCGUCAAGUUGAAAAUCGAAGAUUUGAAAGAUACAAAACAUCAACCUCCCAUCAAUAACAGCUAUCAUAUCCAGCAAGGGGAUAGCUCGAUUGUCAGUUUUGGUGAGUCGUCAUCUAAUUCUACGACAGCGGUACAUCAAGGAGAGCCCGAUGUUCGAUCACGAAAACGCCAAAAAACAGCAACCGGCCAAGUUGACGAUCAAGCUGAUGGCAAUUCGCAUGAAAAUGAAGACAAUGAUGAUGAAAAGUGCACAUUGAUUUCCAGCCCACCACCGAUGUUGAGAAAACCAGAGAUCCAUCUUGGUCCAGCACUUGAUCUUGAAGCAUCCACCAUUGCCAAGCGUUUUUACACGUACAAGAAAGAAGUGGUUACACAGGAGCGAGACACGACUUUUUAUUUUGAAACACACUUGCAUGAUUUGUUAUCCUUGAAUCACAUUUUGUUGCUCAAACCUAGCCAGUAUUCUCGACGACAGCUCGACAUCUUUGGCCGGCAAGCACUCGACUCAAUGUACAACAAUUUUCUUGAUAACCACUGUUGCUUUGACAGCGCCCUUGACCUUGAGUUUUUGAAGGGUCUUACGGAGUGCGUAAAGGUUCUCAAGCGUCCUGGAUUCGACCGAGAGUCUGUGGUGGCUUCAUGUCUUCAGUUGAUCACCCAGUACAAGUUCCAAUCAUUCGAGUAUCGUGCAAUACGUAUGGUAAUCAACAUGCUUGAGGAGUUCCCAUCUGUGCCAAUGAUCAAGAAGUUGGGUGAGCAUGACAUCAUUGCUUUGGUUGUGGACAUCAUUUUACGUCCGAUUUUCAGUGGCUACUCGAGCAGAUUACGCUGGCCAGAAACAAAUGCCGAAGAACGCAAAUGCCGCACGACUCGUGUUGAGCGCCCGGAUGCAAUACUAAGUGAUAUCGAGGACAUGCAAUUUACCAGGAGCAGGGUAUUCGGAGAGGUCAAGCCUGAAGAUGCAGACAGCCGGAGCAUGGGAGUGGACUUUGUCCGUAUAGCUGUUUUCGGCAAAGAUGCAAUCGACCAUCAUAAGCUAAAUAAGGUGCUCUUGUUUCAAGUUAUUGGAUGCAAGAUCACCUUCUACGUCCAAGCUUUAUAUGAUGAAGGAGUAUAUGUGCUGGCCGAACUUUGUCAAGUCACUCUCCCUACUUCGCUCCAAGAACUCGCCAAUCUUUUAAAUGAUCUUGCAAAGCUUUUGGAUGUAUAUCAAACACUGCAAUCAACGGGGCCUAGUCUUGAUCACCAAGCAUGGAAGAAGAAUUUUCGGGAAACGCUGGAUACACCUCGAUUCCGACAAGCUUUGCAAAAGUAUUCAAGAAAGAAUAGGUUGUGUUUAGUCCACUUGUAA